AUGAAUAUUCAUAGGUGUCGUUUCGUGGAUUAUACCCCACAUACCAUUACUGCCACUGCAUUUUCCCAUACAUCAUCUUUGAGCAAGCCACCAUCGACUGAUUUACGACUUGCAGUAGGUCGUAGUAACGGAGAUAUAGAAAUAUGGAAUCCUAGAUAUAAUUGGACUCACGAGCUUACAUUACCUGGGUCCAAAGACAGAUCGAUCGAAGGAUUAUGUUGGGCUAUGGAAUCGGAAGAUAACUCCGAAUCCUUAAGAUUGUUUUCCAUUGGUGGAUCUACAUAUAUAACCGAGUGGGACCUCGCUACCGGAAAGCCAUUAACCAAUUACGACUGUAAUGCCGGGAUAAUAUGGUCUAUUGAUAUCAGUGCUGAUAACGAAAAGCUAGCAGUUGGAUGUGACGAUGGAUCAGUUGUCAUUGUCGAUAUUUCCGGUGGAAAGGGUUCUUUGGAAUAUGACCUUAUUUGUCAAAGACAAGAUGCUCGUGUUUUGAGUAUUAAGUGGGUGGAUAAUAGUACUAUAAUAGGUGGGUGUGCUGAUGGGAGAAUAAGAUCCUGGAGCGCACUGCAAGAAACUAAAGGACGAAUCAUGGCUACUAUGAGAGUUGAUAAAUCUAAAACUGAAAGUACCUUGGUAUGGAGUCUUACCAUCUUACCUAAUAAACGACAAUUUGCCAGUGGUGAUUCUACUGGAUCUGUUAAGAUCUGGGACUUGGACCAUUAUUCAUUAUUACAAAGUUUUAAAGUGCACGAAGCCGAUGUAUUGUCCUUGGUUCACGAUGUCAAUCAAGAAAAGUUAUUCUCAGCUGGUGUUGAUAGAAAAAUCCAUCAGUUUGACUUGACAAGCACAAAAUCAACCUCGAAGUGGGUUCACAGUUUUAAUAGAUUAUUGCAUUCUAAUGAUAUAAGAUCAAUGUCGAUCUUUGAAAACAAGGGAUAUAGUUUCUUGAUCAGUGGUGGGGUUGAACGAGCAAUCGUAAUCCAAGAUGUUCAACUGUUCCAUGAUGGGAAAUAUAAAAAGUUGUUGAUUAACCAACAAAAAUCCAAUGUUAUUGUUAAUGAGAACAAAAGACUUAUUUUCAUGUGGCAAGAUCAAACAGUUAAGAUUUGGAGGGCAAGUAGCGAAGAUAGUGAAAAGCCUAAAUUGGUUUGUAAAUUGUCUUUAUCCGAUGAUGAAAACAUUACCAGCAUUGACUUUAAUGAAGGAUCCAACUUGUUAGCUGUUUCUAAAAUGACUUCAGUUACGAUAUUCCAAUUAGAAGAAUCUAAAUCCAAGUUAAAAGUUCAUAAAAUUAGAGACGAAAACUUUGUUUCAUUAGUUGAAGGGGCCAAAUUAGUAAAGUUCAUUUCUGCUACAAAGUUCUUGGUUUUAACUUCCGAUGAAGAAUUGUACAAGUUUGAAAUUAACGUUGAAGAAGAAAAGAUAGAGUUGGAAGAUGAAAUAGAAUUAAUUGCAAAUAAGCAAGGAAAGCUACCAUAUGCAGCCUGUAUCAAGAAUUUAAUUGUUACUCCAAAUGGUGACAAUUUAAUUAUUUCUAGAUUCAAUGGGUCCAUUGAAAUAUAUCCAUUGGGUGAAGGAGAAGCUUAUGUUUUAACCAAAUUGUCAAAUAACCCUCAUUUAAUUGCUUGUUCUGAUAAUGAUAAAUUGCUUGUUCUUUCUGAAGAUAAUAAAAUUCUCGAAUUCUUUAUUAAGCAAGAUAGCACCAGUUUAUUGACUCCAUGGUCAAGAAGAAAUAGUGAGUUUUUACCACAACAAUUCACCACUUUGGAAGACAAAGCUCAAGGCAUGUUUGUCAAGGAUGAAAAAGUUUGGAUUUUUGGAUCCACUUGGGUUGCUUAUUUCGAUUUAACUAUGAACAUUCCAAUAGGUAAAGCCUACAAGAACGCCAACAAUUCCAAGAAAAGAACAAGAACCGGGUUAUCAAUUAAUGAAGACGAAUUUGAAAAUGAUAUGGAAGAAUCAGUAGAUAUUUUAGAAACAUCAUUAAAACAAAGUGAAAUUGACCGUCUAAGACAGCAAAUACAAGAUGACGAACAACAACCAAAUGGAUCGGCUACAUCUAAUAGAAAACCAUUUUUCGUUACUGAAAAAUAUAGACCAAUAAUGAAGGUUGCUGAUUGUGGAACAAACGAAAUCAUGGUUAUCGAACGUCCAUAUUUUGCAUUACCAAGUACUCCUGCUUUCAACCUACCAAAAUUGAAAAUCUAG